UCAUCAUCAUCAUCAAAAGUAUACAACAGGCUGUUGAUGAAAACAGCCUGAGACAUAUUUCUAUCACUGUUGUGAAGUAGUCAUAAUGUUUGCAGUAAAUUUAAUCAACUGGAAAAACAUUUCAUCAAAACAUUGUUUUCAUAAGAUAAAGGUUGAAGAAAGGUUCUUGUUGUUUUUGGGGUUUUGUUUUGUUGGGGUUUUUUUCUUACCACACUGUUUUCAAACAUUGGAUUUCACAGGUAUAAAAAGUUAGCAAAAAGUUUUUUUUCUCAUUACAAAUAACAAGUUGCUGUAAGUCUGUUUUUAUUUCUAAUAUAGUAGAGUAUGUGUAGAAAGUUGAGUCAUUCUUUUGAGUCUUGAUGGUGAUUAUUGAACGCGUGUAAACCUGCUGUUUAUAUUUCAUUAAGCCCCGCCUCAGAGUCUGUUUGUCAAACACAUUAUAACCGUAGUUUAAUCUGAGUGACCAGAGGCUCAGACCUCAAUCACUGGAUCCCGUUCCACUGUUGUUGAGCCACUGUCGUCUUCAGUGUGGUCACAAAUCUUUGGAGUUUAUCUGCAGAUCCAAUGAGACAGAUGAGAGAAAAACCGAGGAAAGCCACAGUUCUAAUGGCGAUUAGAAGGAGGAUACACAAGAAGCACAUUUGUGUUGUCUUCUUGGGAAUGACGACCUUCCUCAUCUACCUCAUCUCUGAAAGCAGAAAUCCUGAAACACUAGAACUGGGACAGCCACAGUGGGACGACCCUGGGCCAUACCAUGUGGCCUAUCCACGAAAUUACAAAUUCAUCAUGGAUGACACGCCUGUGUGUAAGAGUCGGGAUCCUUUCCUGCUUCUGAUGGUUGUAGUUGCACCUGCAGAUGUUGCAGCUCGGGAUGUCAUUCGAAAGACAUGGGCAAAAGAGAAGGUGGUUCUGGGUCAGAUGGUGGACAUCCUGUUCCUAAUGGGCCUGCCCACAGGAGCUCAUGCUGAGCAGCAACAGCAGAAACUCCAAGCUGAGAACCAGCAGAAUCAUGACAUGAUUCAAAGUAAUUUUGAAGACAGCACCUACAAUCUGACGAUCAAGACCAUGGUCAUGAUGGAGUGGCUGGCUGCAAACUGUCAAAAGACUACUUUUGUGAUGAAGGUCGACUGUGAUAUUUUCCUUAACGUCCAGAAUUUGGUGAAACAUUUACUGGAUCCCAGCACGGCCAAACAAAACUAUGUGACAGGUUUGGUGAUAGAAAACAGACCUGUUUUAAGAAAUCCAUACAUCAGGUUUUACAUGCCAAGAGAAAUAGUUGCUGAGCCAGUGUACCCUCCGUAUCCACUGGGUACGGCUUACGUCAUGUCCUUGGACGUGGCCGUAAACAUUCUCACUGUAUCUCGUGAAGUCAAACCAAUUAACAUCGUCGAUGUCUACCUUGGCAUGUGUCUGAAACACCUGAACGUUUCCCCCAUCAACUCUCCUGAAGCCUAUACGUUUGUUAAAGACACCAUUCAUCCCCUCAGCAACUGUAGCCUCUCAAAAACUGUAGCAGUCGCAACCGUUGACACCACAAUGAUGAUGAAUUACUGGAAAAAGAGCAAAGACCCAGAAACUAAAUGCUAAAUAAAGAGUCAGGUGCAGGUUACAUAAAACACACAUAAAAUGUUCAGCCUUUGACACAAGGGGCAGGAUUUCACUUUACCAAGGACACCUCAACAUUUAUAAACCAUGAAUCCUACCAGGAAUAUAGUGUAUAUUACCAAAAAUGUCCCCUUACGUCUAAGGACUUCAAACUAAAAUAUCUGAAUUUUGUACAUGACCAAAAUAAUGUGCGUUAGGUCUUUUCCAUUUUCACAUUUUUAUACAUGUUGUAUUUUCUCCAUUUACUUUAGUAAAUUAGUAAAUGUCUGUACAGUGUAGCACAGCUCGGCUUAUCUACUGCAUGUCACACUCUUUUUGUUGAAAUAGUAUGCCCUCUGGUGGUAAUAAACCUAAUUAAAAACGUGAUAAUGUCACCAAACAAUAAGCAAGGCGUGCUAAACAAAAGCGGCCGUGAAUUUUAAAAGUGCGUAAACCAAACUGUUGUUUUUAUCAGGUAAGAAGUUUUUAUUUAAUAUUGUCUGCUCUCCAUCUUGUUUCAAUAUCCGAUUAAUUGCCUCAUACACACCUGCUAGCAUCGUCUCCUUGUAACGUAACAAGUUUUCUGGUAUUGAUAUGUUAUCUUUUGUUCAAGUAUGAUUAUUUAAAGUUGUGUUAAAUAUGACAUACUUGUCAUAAUUAAAUGUCUUUAUUCCGAAAACAUUUGAGAAAACAAAUUUUAACGCUUGGCUUUGUUACCUGUUCGGCUAGCUUAUCGAGUGAGCGGUACAUCCGGAAGUUGACUUAAGAUGCAUUUCAAAGUAAGAGCAUCGUGCUGUUUUGACAUUGUAUUUCACAUUUUAAACAGGAACCGUUGCGUGAAAAAGUACAAUUUAGAAAUCAUAUUUGUUACGUUUUGAGCUCUUAUUGUUCUUAAAUAUUAGUCAGUGAGGUUGAUAUCGCUUUGUAUUCAGUAUGAUGUUAUGGUGUGAUGGUUUUAAAUAAAACAUUUU